CCAGCUGGUGGCGAAGGAUACGCGCGUAAGAUUCUCCAUCCCAGCUGCCCUCCACCCGUUCUCUUUCUCUCAUCCCUCUCUCCGCUGCACUCCGUCCUGGCUGACUGCACGGUGGGGAUGGGUACAGGUAGGGCCAGAAGGACCCAGGAAAAAAAGCACCAAGAGGAAAGCACCGUCUCCUAGAAAUGCUUAUCUCCUCUCACACAAAUGCAGUUUCCCAUCCUGGCUGCUAACAGGAACACAUAGAGGGUGUCUGAGAGAGAUUUUUUCUUGUCUUUGUGCUUUGGAGGGAUACUGUUCAGUCUUUAUUGACUGGGAGACACUUCACUUUAUCAAAGGAUAUCUUACAUGAGCUUUGCAUCAUGGCACACGCAGCAUCCCAGCUGAAGAAAAAAGCAGAUUUGGAACUUACAGCUGCCGAGGAAGAGAAAGAAAAGAAGAAAAAGACCCAAAAAAGGUCCCGGGAACCCAAGAAAAAGACUGACAGUAAUGCCAGUUACCUCAGAGCGGCCCGGGCUGGAAACCUUGAGAAAGCCCUUGAUUACAUAAAGUCUGGCGUGGACAUCAACAUCUGCAACCAGAAUGGGUUGAACGCUCUUCAUCUAGCAUCUAAAGAAGGGCAUGUGGAGGUUGUGGCUGAGCUUAUUAAACUUGGUGCCACCGUGGAUGCGGCAACAAAGAAAGGAAACACCGCUCUACACAUAGCAUCACUCGCUGGACAGGUGGAUGUCGUGAAGGAACUUGUGACUCAUGGAGCGAAUAUCAACGCCCAGUCUCAGAAUGGCUUCACACCACUCUACAUGGCUGCCCAGGAGAACCACCUGGAUGUAGUCAAAUUCCUCCUGGAUAACGGAUCCAGUCAGAGCAUUGCCACAGAGGAUGGUUUUACUCCACUGGCCGUAGCUCUUCAGCAAGGUCAUGAUCAGGUGGUAUCUCUGCUUCUGGAGAACGACACCAAGGGAAAGGUGCGACUACCCGCCCUGCACAUCGCCGCCCGUAAAGACGACACCAAAGCAGCAGCGUUACUUCUGCAGAAUGACCACAAUGCAGAUGUUGAAUCCAAGAUGAUGGUCAAUAGAACGACAGAGAGUGGCUUCACCCCUCUCCACAUAGCAGCUCACUACGGCAACAUCAAUGUAGCGACCCUGCUCCUGAACCGCGGGGCUGGCGUAGACUUCAAGGCGAGGAAUGACAUCACACCUCUCCAUGUGGCAUCGAAAAGAGGAAAUGCCAACAUGGUCAGGCUGCUGCUGGAGAGAGGGGCCCGAAUUGAUGCCAAAACCAAGGACGGCCUGACACCUUUACACUGUGGAGCGAGGAGCGGUCAUGAGCAAGUAGUUGAGAUGUUGCUAGAUCGCGGAGCACCAAUCCUCUCUAAGACAAAGAACGGCCUGUCGCCGCUGCACAUGGCCACGCAAGGAGAUCAUCUGAACUGUGUUCAGCUCUUGCUUCAUCAUGACGUGCCUGUGGAUGAUGUCACCAACGAUUACCUGACAGCCCUGCACGUUGCUGCACACUGUGGACACUACAAAGUUGCCAAGGUCCUUGUGGACAAGAAGGCCAAUCCUAAUGCCAAAGCACUGAAUGGUUUUACUCCACUUCACAUCGCUUGCAAGAAGAACAGGAUUAAAGUGAUGGAGCUGCUGCUGAAACAUGGAGCGUCCAUUCAGGCUGUGACUGAGUCUGGACUCACGCCGAUUCAUGUGGCUGCUUUUAUGGGCCAUGAAAAUAUUGUGACUCAGUUGACAAAUCACGGAGCGUCUCCUAACACAAUGAAUGUGAGGGGAGAGACGGCGCUCCAUAUGGCUGCCAGGGCAGGACAGGCAAACGUGGUGAAAUUCCUGGUGGCGAAUGGAGCAGAUGUGGACGCUAAAGCCAAGGACGAUCAGACACCGCUGCAUAUAUCCAGUCGUCUGGGAAAACCAGACAUAGUCCAGCAACUGCUGCAACACGGGGGUUCACCCGACGCCACCACCACAUCCGGAUACACACCUCUCCACCUGGCCGCACGUGACGGCCACAAAGACGUGGCAUCCAUCCUGCUGGACAACGGAGCAUCUCUUGGCAUCACUACCAAGAAGGGAUUCACUCCCCUGCAUGUUGCAGCCAAAUACGGGAAGAUUGAAGUUGCUAACUUACUGCUACAGAAGCGAGCGCCACCUGACGCAGCUGGGAAGAGUGGACUAACACCACUGCAUGUUGCUGCGCACUACGAUAACCAGAAAGUGGCCCUCCUUCUGUUGGACCAAGGAGCAUCCCCACACGCAGCAGCUAAGAAUGGCUAUACUCCACUGCACAUAGCUGCCAAGAAGAACCAGAUGGAGAUAGCGACCACGCUGCUUGAGUAUGGAGCUGAUACCAAUGCCACAACGCGCCAGGGCAUCAGUCCUCUCCACCUGGCAGCCCAGGAGGGCAACGUUGACAUGGUCACGCUCCUGCUUGCCCGUGAAGCCUCCGUCAAUCUGGGAAACAAGAGUGGACUGACUCCUCUUCACCUGGCGGCUCAAGAGGACAAAGUCAAUGUUUCAGAAGUGCUGGUUAAUCAUGGUGCCACAGUGGACCCAGAGACUAAGAUGGGAUAUACGCCCCUGCAUGUCGCCUGUCACUAUGGCAAUGUGAAGAUGGUGCACUUCCUCCUGAAGAACCAGGCUAAAGUCAACGCCAAAACUAAGAAUGGAUACACACCUCUUCAUCAGGCUGCUCAGCAGGGUCACACACACAUCAUUAACCUUCUGCUGCAGCACGGAGCCUCUCCUAAUGAGCUGACAGUGAAUGGAAACACUGCCUUAGCUAUUGCCAGGCGCCUGGGUUACAUCUCUGUGGUCGACACGCUCAAAGUCGUGACAGAGGAGACGCACACUACUGUGACUGUGACGGAGAAACAUAAAAUGAAUGUUCCAGAAACUAUGAACGAAGUUUUGGACAUGUCAGAUGAUGAAGUCCGUAGAGCCAAUGUGCCUGAAAUGCUCAAUGAGGACUAUAUUUCAGAUGUUGACGAAGGUGAGGAAGCGAUGACAGGAGAAACGGACAAGUACCUGGGACCGCAAGACCUGCGCGAGCUCGGAGACGACUCUCUCCCGCAAGAGGGAUACGUGGGAUUCAGUGUUGGAGCCCGCACGGCCAGCCUGCGCUCCUUCAGUUCGGAUAGGUCCAACACACUCAACCGGAGCUCCUUCGCCCGUGACAGCAUGAUGAUCGAAGAGAUCCUGGCGCCAAACAAGGACACGGGGGUCUGUAGAAACAUACCCACCCUUGUUGACUCUCAUUAUAAGCACCUGGCUUUGGCAAAAGAUUACAACACAGAGUCAAUGAGACGCUAUAGCUGGACACCGGACACUCUGGACAACGUGAACCUGGUCUCCAGCCCCGUCCAUUCAGGGUUUUUGGUGAGCUUCAUGGUGGACGCCCGCGGCGGUUCCAUGCGAGGAAGUCGCCACAAUGGCAUGCGCAUCAUCAUCCCGCCCCGCAAGUGCACCGCGCCAACACGUAUCACAUGCCGUCUGGUCAAAAGACACAAGCUGGCAUCCCUGCCACCCAUGGUGGAGGGAGAAGGGCUGGCGAGCAGGCUGGUGGAGGUGGGCCCAGCGGGGGCUCAGUUUCUGGGUAAACUCCAUCUACCUCGAAACCUCCCCCCUCUUAGCGAGGGUGAGAGCUACAUUAGCCGAAUCCUGCAGCUCGGGCCACGAGGAACAAAAUUUUCUGGCCCUGUGAUUGUGGAGAUUCCUCAUUUUGGGUCCAUGAGAGGGAAAGAACGAGAGCUCAUUAUGCUCAGAAGUGAAAACGGUGAGACCUGGAAGGAGCAUCAUUAUGACUGCAAAACUGAAGACCUCAAUGAGCUCCUCAAUGGCAUGGAGGAAGAGCUGGACAGCUCAGCUGAUCUGGAGAAGAAGCGCAUCUGCCGGAUCAUUACAAAGGACUUCCCACAAUACUUUGCAGUGGUAUCACGGAUCAAACAAGAGAGUAAUCAGAUGGGUCCAGAGGGAGGAGUCCUAUCCAGCAUGACAGUACCUCAGGUCCAGGCCUCCUUUCCUGAGGGUGCACUCACCAAGAAGAUCAGAGUUGGACUGCAGGCCCAGCCUGUUCCAGAUGAAGUUGUGAAGAAGUUUAUAGGUAAUCGUGCCACCUUCAGCCCAAUAGUGACAGUGGAGCCUCGCAGGAGGAAGUUCCAUAAGCCCAUUACCAUGACCAUACCUGUGCCUCCAGUCUCUGGAGAGGGUGUGGUGAAUGGCUACAAAGGAGACACCACACCAAGCCUUCGCUUGCUCUGCAGCAUAACUGGUGGCACGUCGCCAGCUCAGUGGGAGGACAUCACUGGCACUACACCUCUGACCUUUAUCAAUGACUGUGUGUCCUUCACCACAAAUGUGUCUGCCAGGUUUUGGCUUGCAGACUGCCAUCAGAUCCCAGAGACUGUAGGUUUGGCCACCCAGCUCUACAGGGAGCUCAUCUGUGUGCCGUACAUGGCCAAGUUUGUAGUGUUUGCUAAAAUGAAUGACCCUGUGGAGUCCAACCUGCGGUGCUUUUGUAUGACGGACGAUAAAGUGGACAAAACUCUAGAACAACAGGAGAACUUUGAGGAGGUGGCCAGAAGCAAGGACAUUGAGGUACUGGAAGGGAAACCCAUCUACGUGGACUGCUACGGCAAUUUGGCCCCUCUGACCAAAGCUGGACAGCAGCUGGUUUUUAACUUCUAUGCUUUCAAAGAAAAUAGACUCCCAUUCUGUGUGAAGGUCAGAGACAGCAGCCAAGAGCCAUGUGGCCGCUUGUCCUUCCUCAGAGAGCCCAAAACUUCCAAGGGUAUCGCUCAGACGGCUAUCUGUAAUUUAAACAUUACACUGCCUGGACUCAAGAAGGAUGUGGAUUCAGAUCCUGAGGAAGAGACUGAAAAGCCAGAACGACGUCAUACCUUUGCAUCUAUAGCCUUACGUAAGCGCUACAGCUAUCUGACCGAGCCUGGAACGAAAACAGUUGAACGAAGUACAACAAGAACACUGCCUGCUGGUUACGCUCACAAACCUGUCUUUUCAACAAGAUCUUACCAGGCAUGGUCGACUGCUCCUAUUACCGUCCCUGGGCAAACAAAAUGUGGACUGGGUUCCCUCUCCAGUUCACCUUCCAACACGCCAUCUGCUUCGCCACUAAAGUCUGUGUGGUCCAUUUCCUCUGCUUCUCCAAUCAAGUCCACCCUAGGAAUGUCAAACACUUCUCCUGCAAAAUCAGUUAACGAUGUAGCCUCACCCAUUAGAACAUACAGAUCUAUGUCAUCUCCCAUAAAGACUGUGGUUCAACAACCCCAAAACCAAGUUCCAAUUUCCUCCAGUCUUCUGUCUUCACCGGGUAAAACUGGUACAGAUCCUGUGUCCAUUAAGGGGCUUGCUGCUUCAUUGUCCUCAAGAGCUAACUUGAUUUCUUCACCUGGAUCCAUGCUAGACAGAACUUUCACCACAGUGACCCAAUCUGAUUCUAUAAAGUCGACCACAAAUACAUACACGUCUUUAUCCUUUAAAUCCUCCCUGGCCCCCACAAGUAUAGCAAUGUCCUCUCCUAUUCGAAACAUAGCAAGCUUGUCCUCUAUUAAAACCACCACAGAUGCAGCUAGGGGGACAAUUAUGUCAUCGCUUUCUUCAUCAACUAAGCCUACAAUAGCCAGUACUGAAACAGUUCUUUUAAACGGAUCCAUUUCACCGAUUAAGUACCCCUCAUCAUCCUCUGCAUCUUCCCGUCUGUAUUCAGGAGGGGCUUACAGCUUACAAGAAAGGAUACAAGCCACAACGCAAGCAGCUACGGCCAGUGUAGGUGCAGCCUUCAGUGAGGCUGAGAAAACAUUUAACGCUGGCUCUAUGUCAAACUAUAGUGCAUUAAAAUCUGUAUCUUCACCUUUAAAAUCAAACUUAUCAAGUUCUGUUUACGAUUCUCUUAGAUCACCAGCCACCACCACCACGUCAAUAUCCAUUUCCAUGUCUGUUCCAGUAUUUUCUGUAGUCAAUGUGCUCCCUGAACCCCAGGGGAAGAAACUCCCAGACAAAAUAACAGUCACACCUCAGACACACACUCCAGCACAGUCCUCUACAUCACGAAUGAAACCCUCAAAACCCUCGCUUUUCAUUUCCCCAACAGUCCUCAAAGCAGCUGCCGCACCUACAUUGACAUCCAGUCAAGAGAUUCUUAAGGAUGUGGCAGAUAUGAAGGAAGAUCUGAUAAGAAUGACUGCAAUCUUACAAACAGACUCCUCAGCUGGAGCCAAGAGCUUCCACUCGCAUGUUUCUAAAGAGUCCAAGAUGGAGGAUGAAGAGCCUUUCAGUUUGGUUGAGAAGGUUAAAGAGGACCUCGUCAAAGUUAGUGAAAUUCUCACAAAAGAUGUCCUGAGUGAGGCUAAAAGCUCAAGUAAAGAGGGGGCCUCAGAAGAUGAAUGGGAAGAGUUCUCCGAAGAUGAAAUUGAGGAGGCACGGCAGAGUGCCCUGCGAUCUCUGCCAACAUUUGAACCAACCCUUCCUGUUGGGCCGCAGUCAGUGCCAGACAAAGAUCUCAAUUUAGCUAAAGUGGUUGAUUACUUAAUGAAUGAUCUUGGUGCUAGUUCCCUCUCAAAAAUAGCUGAUGUAAAGAGCAGAUAUGAUGAAAUAAAGAAGGAAGGGGAGGAAAAACAGAAGCGCACCAUGAAACCAGAGCACAAGCUCAAAAUGCCUCCCACCGGUAUGCGGACCUCUCCCUCAGAGAAAGACUUAAGUAAAUUAGCUGAUUCCUAUAGUGGCACGGAUGCUAUCCUGGAAUCUCCAGAUGACUUUUCCCAUGAACAAGAUAAGAGUCCCCUUUCAGAUAGUGGUUUUGAAACCAGAAGUGAAAAGACCCCAUCAGCUCCUCAAAGUGCAGAGAGCACAGGGCCCAAACCCCCCUUCACAGAUGUGCCUAUUCCCCCUGUCAUAACAGAAACCAGAACUGAGGUUGUUCACGUUAUCAGGAGCUAUGAACAUCCGGAGGAGGUCUGUGAGCCACUAAUGGACGAGGCAGCAGCUUUGAAGCCUCCGGUUGAGCCUGAGCCAACAGUUAGCACAAUCAAAGAUAAGGUAAAGGCCUUGCAGAUGAAAGUCAACUCUGAGGAGCUGGCAUGCGUCAAAGAAGAAACUCAUAUUACCACUACAACUCGAAUGGUCUACCACAAACCUCAACUGAAAGAUGUUGGCUCUGACAGGAUUGAAGAAACGAUGUCAGUCCGAGACAUAAUGAAAGCUUUUCAGUCUGGAAGAGAUCCUUCCAAAGAAUUAGCAGGUUUAUUUGAGCACAAAGCUGGCCAAGACACCAUUAAAGGAGAUGAAUUGUCCCCAAGGUUCCUUGAAAAAGACAAAAAGCCCAAAGUUGAGAGAAUUAUUGAGGUGCACAUAGAAAAGGGCAACACAACUGACCCAACUGAAGUUAUAAUCAGAGAGACUAAAAAGCAUCCAGAGUUUAUAUGCAAGGGUGACCGAGGUCUCAAGGAGCUUGUUGAAAGGGUUGAUGGUGAUUAUGAGGUUCUUCAAGACGAGGAGGAACUUACUGCUGAGGAAUCACUGCCGUUCUUUUUAGACACAUCCAGAGUCAAUACACCUGUCUCCCAAGAGGAAGAGAGUCGCCCCAGUUCAGCUCAGCUCAUAGCCGAUGAGUCAUAUAAAGCUUUAAAGCUUCUAAGCCAGCACUCUAUUGAGUAUCAUGAUGAUGAGUGGUCUGAUUUGAGAGGGGAGUCAUACAGGUUUGCUGAGAAAAUGUUGCUCUCAGAAAAAUUAGACGUAUCACAUUCUGAUACUGAGGACUCAUUGGCAGACCAGUCACAUAGCAUAGCCACUGAGGUACAAGGGGCAGAAGGCAUAUAUGGAGAAAAAGUAGCUGGCCCCAGGAAGGAGUCCAAAUUAAGGUCAGCAAGGGAUGCAUCAGACAAAUCAGGUAAAUAUCCCCCACAAGAUGAGCAAUAUGACAAAGUUACAGUAUUACAUUACACCACAGAACCUGGUAGCCCUAAACAUGCAGUCUGGAUGAGAUUCACCCAAGACAAGCAGGACAGGAAUAGAGAAAAACUCAUUUAUGAAGAUAGAGUAGAUCGGACCAUUAAAGAAGCAGAGGAGAAACUGAGUGAGGUCUCACAGUUUUUUAGAGACAAAACUGAAAAGUUAAACGAUGAGCUCCAGUCCCCUGAGAAAAAGAAACCAACAAGACUUGCACAGGAUACACGGUCAGGGCCAAGCUCAAUGUGCAGCAGCCCUGAGAAAAAACAAAAGAGUGCAGCUGAGGAAUGGGACAAAGGCAGGCAAAAGAUGUUUGGCAGUACAAACGAAAGAAAAAGUGCAAGUCUGCCAAACAGUCCUGAGAGACAUAUGCUGUCAGAGUUCAGUGAGGAUAAGCCAAAACAGCAGAAAGACCCUCAGCAGGCAAAGACAGGUGAUGCAGGCCCCCCAGUCCCAGUUAAGACAUCUAAAGUGAGUUCUGUUCGACAAAAGUUUGAAACAGAACCACAGAAACAGGAUAAGAAUGUGCCUGUGACACAAUCAAAACAACCAGUUAAAAAACUGCCAGAAAGUAAAUUACCAGUAUAUCAGUUUUUCACUGGUUCAAAACCUUCAAAGGCUGAUUCCACAGAUGAAGGACAGUUACCUUCUAGAAAACUAUCAGAAACUGAUAAAAGUAAAGUUGCCCCUCAGAGUAGUAAAGCUCAAAGUCCUCACAGUAGCAGUAGUACUGCUGUCUCAAAGCAAUCAGAUGAAAAAUCUUUGCUUGAAAAAUGUACCCCAUCAGAUACUGUUGUAAAAAGAACCUCACUUUUUGAGAAGAAUAAGGAUCAAGAGUUCGAUAAAACUCAAGAGAGCUCUACUAAAUUGCAAUCUCAUGUCUUGAAAGAUGGAUACAUUGCAGAUAGGGAUAGUGCAAUUAAUGAUAUUAAAGAACAGCAGUAUUUAAAAAGUGACAUUAAAAAUGAGACUGUUAAAACAGCUUCCUUGUCUAAGGAUGAUAUAGAUAGGAAUGACUUCCAGAUAAAGACCCUUAAGAAGAAGACAGAAUCUCAUAUUCCUGUGAGAACACCAUCUGGUUCCUCAGACAAUAAUCAGACAAAGAAUGUGAAUCAGGACACAUUUAGUAAAUUAUCUGAAAAGAGCCCAUCGCAUAUACCUACCUUGACCAAACCAAGGGUUCAGGGCCGUUCAGAGAUACAGAGAGAGGAAGCUGCAACAAAGAAAUCUGAAGAAGUCUCUGUUGAAGGUAGAACAACAAGUGGUCCAAGUGACUCUUGUUCAGUUGAAAAAAUAUCCACAGUUACAACAAGAGAAAGUUUCAAAGGGUUAAAAACUUUACCAGUCUAUGUAAGUGUUCAAGUGGGGAAACAGGCUGACAAAGAUAUGGGAGGAGGAACAAAUGGAGCAUUCAAAAAGAUAGCUAGUUCAGAAAGUCGAACAAUUUAUGCAGUUAAACAGAAACAGCCCACAUCUCCUCAAGGCAGUCCAGAUGAUGACACCUUAGAACAGUUCUCUUUUAUCGAUAGCUCUGGCAAAAGUCCUAUGACUCCAGAAACACCAAGCUCAGAAGAGGUCAGCUAUGAUCUUACCUCGAGAACCCCUGAUCCAUUUAUUGCAUUUAUGCCAGGUAUUGCAAGCCCAAUAGCUGAGGUUUCAGAGGAGUCAGAAGAUAGUGAAGGCAAAGCUAUUUCUUUGAAAGAAUCUGGACCAGAAAAAGAAGCCAAUGGUAAACAUGAAACUAGCCAUGAGACAAAAGACAAAAGAGUUGCAUAUAUAGAGUUUCCUCCUCCACCACCCUUGGAUUCUGAUUCGUCACAGCCUGAGAAAAAAGGGUCCACUCCUUCCUCAGAGGCUGAGACUGAAAUGAUGGAAGUAAAUCUCCAAGAGGAGCAUGAUAAGCAUCUUCUUGCCGAGCCCAUAAUAAGAGUCCAGCCUCCAUCUCCUGUGCCCCCAGGAGCUAAUGAAAGCGAUUCAAGUGAGGAGGAAUCAGUCUUUAAACCCAUUCCAAUAAAGAAAUAUACCUUUAAGAUUGAUGAGGACAAAGAUUUGAAGAAAAGCCAAUCAAAAAACCAUGACAAGAAUGGGAAUGAUAAAGAACCAGGGGAAAAUGGUAAUGGAAAAGCAGAAGAUUAUGAUUAUGAACAAAAUGGCAACGAUCAGUCCAUCACAGAUUGCUCAAUAGCGACAACUGCAGAGUUUUCUCAUGACACUGACGCCACUGAGAUUGACUCUCUGGAUGGAUAUGAACUUCAGGAUGAGGAUGACGGCUUAAGUGAUCCUAUUGCCAAACCAUUUGGAUUUCCCAAUGAGAACAGAAAAGAUAUCUGGGCAUCAGAUAAUAUGUCUAGACCAAGUGAUCGUUGCCAAAGUAAACUUGAAGUAAUUCAAGAAGAAUCACCAGCUGAGGACUAUAAUAAGACCAAAGCUAAGUCUGAUCCGUCAAACAAAAAGAAUGGAAAGGACAGUGAAAAGGAUGGAAAACAAUCUGAUCAAGGAUUGUCAGACACUUACUUUAGUUACAAACUAGAUGAGGAGUUUAAUACUCCUUUUAAAACUGUUGCAACAAAAGGCUUUGAUCCUUGGUCAAGCAAAGGAGGAGAAGAUGAAGUAGUGGACGCUAGAAUUAAAGAUGAUGAGCCCAAGCCGUUUGGGCUAGCAGUAGAUGACAAGUCUACAGCAACGACCCCUGACACAACUCCUGCAAGAACCCCAACUGAUGAAAGCACACCAACUAGCGAGCCUAACCCUUUCCCCUUCCACGAAGGGAAGAUGUUUGAGAUGACCCGCAGUGGUGCGAUUGACAUGAGCAAGCGGGAUUUUGUUGAAGAGAGGCUGCAAUUUUUUCAGAUUGGCCCUCAGAGCCCCUGUGAAAGAACAGAUUUGCGUAUGGCUAUUGUGGCGGAUCAUCUUGGUCUAAGUUGGACUGAGCUGGCCAGGGAAAUGGAAUUUUCGGUUGAUGAGAUAAAUCACAUCCGUGUGGAAAACCCAAACUCAUUGACAGCUCAGAGUUUCAUGCUAUUAAAGAAAUGGGUUAGCCGAGAUGGUAAAAACGCUACAACGGAUGCCUUAACUGCAGUCCUGACUAAGAUCAAUCGGUUGGAUAUUGUGACAUUGCUGGAAGGGCCGAUAUUUGACUAUGGUAACAUUUCAGGCACAAGGUGUUUUGCAGAUGAUAGCGCUGUUUCCCAGGAGCAGGCUGAUGGUUACCACAACAUUGAACUGGAGCUCAAGAGCCCCUCAGAGUUGACCUAUGAGCCCCCUACCCCUCUUCGUCAGGAUGAUUUCUUUAGCGAGGACAGUAGGCUAAAGUUCUAUAGUGCCCCUGUUAGACCCAGUGAACUGUCCUUGCAAACCACUAGUGGCCCAGUGUCUACAGAUACCAAGCCACCUACUGUCAUGGCAGAGGACAGCUAUAUUGGAGGUCGAGAGUCUCUUGGCCAAGAGGAUGGAUCAGCUGAAGAUGACCUUGGUGUCAGCCACAAAUCUGUGGUCCCCUCAAAACAACGUGACAGUGACGAAACCUCCAAAGAAUCAGAUGUCUUCCCAAACAGCCCAGUAAAAGAGCAGCAGGAACAUAAGAUUCCUGUUUGUGCCUCAUCCGGUGAAGCUCCUGGAGAGAGUGGCAAGUCUGGGUUUGAUGAAGAGAUGACCCAAGAGAAGAUAAAGUCUCUCUUGGAAAACAUUAAGUUGGAGGAAGGCUCAGAGGAUGAGGAGAUGACUGAGGAGAGGCUGCAAGCAAUCCUCUCCCAAGUGCAGCAGGCAGAAAAAGAUAUGUCUUCAAUUUCAGGUCUGCAGACUGAGACAUCUGGCCAAGGACUGGGUACUGAUAAACAAGGGCAAAGAGGGUUCAGCCAAGAGCUAAUGUCCUCAACACCUGGAGUGCAAGCUGAGAAGCAAAAUGGAGAACAUCCAGUACUCCAAGCCCAAGCUGUCUUAUCGGCAGACGCCAGUGAGUCUUCCAGCAAACCAAAGGGCAAAGCAAGGAAAGACUCUGGACGAGAGGAAUUGAGCAGUGAGGCUCUGGAGGACAGAGGACAAAACAACGGGGAGGAGGGAGUUUCCGAACCUAAAGUCCAGCAGGAAGCUCGUAGAGAUAAUGAAUCCAGCUCUGAUGAGGAAGAGACUGUCACCACCAGAGUGUAUCGGCGGAGAGUGAUUCUGAAGGGUGAUCAGGCCAAAAACAUCCCUGGUGAGACCGUGACACAGGAGCAGUACACAGACGAAGAUGGAAACCUAGUCACCAGAAAAGCUGGAGAAGGAGGGAAGGGCAAAAAGAAGGAAGGAAGACAAAGGGAGGAAAAGGGUCAAUCGUAACAGUUGUGCUCUUUUUGAUUUGAAAGUGUUUCAAAAACAUUUUCCUGGGAAGAAGAUCACUGGAAACGCGCACAAGGUCAGGGGAUGAGGAACGCGUGUCUGCAGCUUUCAUAAAAACAAAUGGUUUUCAGCCAGACGACUUUUGAUUUCGCAUGAGCAUGAAAAAAACUUUCUGUCAAUAAUGGCUAACGGUCGAGAAGACAUUGUUGGUGCGACGUUUCAAUCGACUGGGGGCGUCCGAUGCGAGAUGCUCCAUGGCAGCGCCCAAGCACUUCCGUGACCAAAGAGGCCACGAAACAUAUUGCUGGUUGACAGAAAUGGAGGGACUUGUUUGAAUCACCUUCAACACUCGCCUUACUUUUUUUUUUUUCCUCUCGGACUCAUAAUGUCGGGGUGUAUAAUGCUGUUGGAGCUUAUGAUGUAUAUAAAUUACACUGUAUAAAUUCGAGUGGGUCACAAUAUUGUUAAUGCACUGGCAAGUGUGUAGGAAUGAACUACCAAUUCUGAUUCCAAUUUUAAGGGAACGCUUCACAUGCACUUGUAUAAUUAUUAGCAGAAAAUGUUUGUAAAGGAAAAAAUCCAGCUUGAUUUUAACAACUGAUAUUUCUUUUAAACCUACUGCGGUUCUCAGUGGUACGGACAUUGGAGCAGCUGUAGUUCUGUUCAAAGACUUCUUCAGAGUACUAAUAUUUUCAUGCAUGUGAUACACUUUAUUUUGAUUUUUCUAAACUGCAUAACACAGGAGAAGGGGAAAUGAUGUUCUGUAUGCGUGCACUCACAGCCUUGAUAAUGCUCACUUUUUUUUUUUUUAGAAAGAUGACAGUAUCAGACCACCUCUGACUCAUUGUUCAGCUUCACUAAAAUACACUGUGUCCCAUCACAUCACAGCGCCGGUUUCCCUAUGCAGUUACAGAUAGUGACAAUUACUGAAAUCCGAAUGCGUCACGUCGACUGGCGUGAUGCACUUUUAACUGUUCUCAUGUGUAUUGGCUCUAAGAUGUAGAAGUCUUUCUGUCAGCCUGUCAUUUGUAAUCAUUCUAGCAGUGUAUUACUACUUUUCAAGGCUGCUGUGGUUUUGGGGGAAAUUUUACUUUGGUUUUGGUGCAUUAUUGAGAAAUCACCCAAGCAUUAAUGGAUGAUAGAUCUGGUAACAAACAUAUGUAUGGAAAAAAACAAACAUACACUGGAUGAUCAAAUUAAUUAUUUAAGCUUAUAAUAAAUUGUGUUCAAAUCCUC